AUGCAGCGCCUCAUACUCGCUUUGAUGUUCGCCUUCAAUGCCCCUUCCAGUGCAUUGUAUGGCACCGGAGGCUCGAUAUGGAACGAGCAAGCCCGACAGCCACCUUUGCCACUUGACUUCGCAGAGAUUCCCACACCCAUCGCAACGCUCAAUUUUGAUUUUUAUAUACUUUCUACAUACUGGCCACCUUCGGUAAUCUCCAAGCCAUCGCACGGCGCCGCGCGUCAUAUAAUUGCCGCAGGCGUCGCGUCGCCCGGCUUCUGGUGUCACGGUCUAUGGCCUGCAAGGUACACAGGUCCAAUUCCUUCUUUCUGUACGAAGGAGCUGUUCGACUCCCAACAGCUUGGCCCUUUCGAGGCGAGCCUCGCCUACUUCCUUCGCAGCCCCGUAACGGCAUCUUUCCCAGCCAGCCUCCACAGCUUUUGGAGUCACGAAUGGGCCAGACACGGCACCUGCUCCGAAAUGGACCAGCUGUUGUACUUUACGGCAGUGUACGCGGCAGCACUCCACGUGGACGUACGGAAUGUUCUGGCCGCAGCCCGCAUACAGCCGUCCAACGAACGACAUUACACGCUGAAGCAGGUGACCUAUGCAUUGACGGGUGCCUACGGUUCUGCCUUCAACCCGCAUAUCGGCCUGGCCUGCGCCCCCUCCGCCGAACGUGGCGGAACGCCCGUCCUCCAGGAGGACUGUUCCGCCAUCACCUCUGAAUUAAGGGAGGCGGCGGAAGCAGAGGCAGGGGUCGCAGCAGGGCUUGGAUGCAACAGCACCGGUAGCGCUUCCGACAACGGCUGCAAUGGCGGUGGCGGCAGUGCCGUGGCGGGUCCGGGGCGGCGGCUGUUGUACGGCACAUGUGGAUCGGAUCCCGACGAUCUGGUGGCCUUUCCCGCCUAUGCGAGCAGUGAUGCAGUUGUGACGCUGCCCUGGGACAUCAUCCUCCGAGUGACCUCGGUGGUGGUGCUGAUGGCUGUAGCCGCAGCUGUCGGAUACACCCUCCUACAGCGUUGGCAGCUCAUCCCGGCGCUGUUCACUCCUCGACCCGUGGUCGAGGUGCAUUACCCCCCGGUUUCGGAGCCUGUGAGGGUGUGUGUGGAGCCCCUGGAACUGGGGCAGCUGUGGAGCAGCUUGCCCCACAUUGCUGCUUUCGUAGAGGACCUGCCCGUGGGCAUGGGCAUUAAGGGAGGCAUCGCUCGGAAGCUGCUCAAGGAGAAGUACGGCCGGCCCGAGCCUGCUGGCUCCUUCGACAUCGAUGUGCUGCUGUUCGUCGAGCAGUACAACCCCGAGGCUCACCGCGCGGCACGGGAGGCAGUUGCUGGCUGCCGACUGGGGGGCUUGGUUCUGGAGCCUCAGGACGUGGAGGUGCUCAGGAAGGAAUGGUUGGCCGAGUACUUCAUCAGUCGAGACGUGACUCAAAACGAGGUGCUCAUACUCAGGUCGGCUCCAGAUAGAACGGAGCUCUACUACACGGAGCAGGCUCGAAAGGACGUGGCUGCGGACCUGAUUCGGCCCAGUCUUCACGCGCUCAAAACUGAGUUCCACCUGGUAUGGGAGCUGGAGAAGGACGGAACACCCUACACUGCUAGUCAGCAGGUGGUUCGGUCCCUGGUUCGCUAUCUCAAGGGCCACGGCAGCGACUACGCAUUCGACCAGUCCACAUGGUCCCACUACCGCAGAGUGGGGCUGUCCAGGGUGGAGCUGUUCAAGGUGCUGAAGCCCUUCCACGAGGACGACCGCAAAAUGCAGGCUGCGGUGGACCACCUGGUGGCCAUUAGCUUCCUGCACCGAAGGGAGCUCCGCCGGGCGGGUGGUGUCAACAUGCUGUGGGGGCUGCUGCUGCAGGAGGUGAACGCGCAGGUGUCCCGCCACGGUGGGCGCUUCGUUCUGGGCUCCCUGGACACUGAGGGUGUGGAGCGCUGGGUGGAGGGCAAGAAGGCGGCCACUGCAGCCCGACUGAUUGCGGGGGAGAUGCGGUCUGCACGGACAGGCUUUGUUCAGUCCGAGGAGAGUGUCCUGGACCUCGGCCUGUUGACGUUCCCGCCGUCGCUAGUGGACUUCGUUGACUCCGGACCCACCUUCGACCCCUCAGCCUUCCUGCGCUCAGCCACCGCCGCUGCCGUACAUUCCCUCAACGACAGCGGCGGCGGCGGAGGCGACGGUGGUGGCGGCGCCCUGGCGGGAUCUGUUGGGCGGCAGAGAGGCAGCGACGCUGAGUCGCAACGGCCGCCGCCAGGUGCCCGCAGCGCCAGCCCGGAGAUGCCGUACGUGCCGGCUGACAACAGCCUGCAUUGGGAGGCGAUGCAGUCUGCCGCAGCUGCAGGUGGAGGGCGGGUGUAUCAAGUCAUCCGCCGCCGGGUAGGCAACGACGUGGAGGCGGCAUCGGGCUCGCAACGAACCUUCGGCAAUGGCCCGACAGUUAGUGGCGGCGGCCGAGGCGCUGCCGCCGUCGCCGCUGCCGUUGGGCCGCAACUGGGCGAAAUUAGCGGCGUUGAGGAUGAGCUACAGCGGGAGGUCGAGCGUCUGCGUGAGGCGCUAUUGCCACUCAGCGCCGGCUGUAACGCCUGCAGUCUGGCGCCUUUGGACUCGUCUGACGUGAGGCUGACGGGAACGGCACGUGGUUAUGGCGGCGGCGGCGGCGGCACCGCCGGUGGCUUGGAAGGAGGAGGCGGAGGCGGAGGAGAGAGGGAAGGCGUUGCCAACGGCGUGGCGAAGACGGAAGGGCGAUGUGAGACGGCGGAAGUGACGACAACACCGUGUGGCGGUGCUCGCGACGGUGGUGUUUGCGGUGGCGGCGGCGCUGGCGGCGGCGGCGGAAUGAGCACUUUGGAGCAUUCUCUUCAGGAGCUUGCUGGCUCAGUGCGACAGCGCCAGAGAAGCCACAACGUGGCCAUGAAGGAGCUCAUCGAUACGAGCUGCUUCGGCCACCAUCAACAGCUCUACCAGGGAGACCGCCCGACACCGCUGCAGCCGCCGCAGUGCGACGCUGGAAGUGGGGACGCGCUAGCGCCGCCCAUCGACGGCGCCACGUUGCCGCCGCCGCAGCGGCAGGCCCCGGCGCUAACGAUGGCGCCUGCGGCUGGGGUUUCCAUGCAGAGCGAUACCUGCGGCCGUCCCGCAGCCGCCGCUGCCACCACCGUCACACCAACGGGCUGUACGGCGAGACAAGAUACGGCGGAGCAUGCGGCUGAGGACGACGCCAACACCAGCCCGCCGCCCCAGUUCACGGCUGGGAGCUAUAUGCCGCUGGCGCCAUCGAGGCCGCCGACGUGGCGACGGCUGGCGCCACAGCCCAACCACCCACCGAGUCCGGCAAUCACGUCAGCGCCUGCAUCCGAUGCGCUUGCGGACGGCGCCGACGGUGACGGCGGCUGUGGUGGUGGCGGCGGAGGUGGCAGCGGUGGCGGCCCCACUGGACUGCCUAAGCAAUGGCCAGCGGACGGCAGCGGCAGUGGUGGAGGCGGCGGCAGCGGGGGCGCCUUCGAAAACGUUUCCUACUGGUUGCAGUACUCGAGCACCUACCUGUCAGCGGCCCCCCAGUCUGAGACGGCGCUGGAUACUCUGGGCUCAUUUUACCAGAUGUCUGCCGCCAGGGGCAGCCUACUGGGCGGCGGCGGCGGCGGCGGCUGUGACGCUGACGUUGGCGGCUGUGGCGAUGAGGAUUACACACCCUUGGUGGCGGAUCACGAGGUGCAAAGGCGGCGGAGGCCCUCAUUGGCCAAGCUGGUCAUGUUUGUGAUUGGGGUGAUGGCGAUCGACAAGGUGCUGCUGCUGUCGGCCUACGCGCUGAUGCUGUCUGGGCUGGUGGCGCGGCUGUGUGUACCCCGAGUGGAAGCAGCGCUGUUUGACGCCUUCAACGAACUGGACGCGGCUCAGUUCUGGAACAAUCUGCUGCUGGCCGCGGCUCUAAUCCUGUCGGACACGCUCCUCGCCCUGCUGGGUGGGGUCAUCCUGGAGCUCUUCACGCGAAAUGCCAUGCGGCAGCUGUUCAGGCGCUUCUUCGAGCACGUGGUGUUUCAGGACCUGCCCUUCUUCGCGCGCCUCAGCCCCGGGGAGCUCAUGGCUCGCACCAGCGGGGACUCCCUGACGCUGCGGGGCAUUGUGGCCUCCACACUGUACCGGUUCGUGGAGGGUGUCACAUUAUUCCUGGGCGCUGCCGCCUUUCUUACCACUGCUGCUGGCCACUUGCUCCGGAACCGGCCCCAACUGGCGGCUGCGUUCCUGCUGGUGGGGGCGGUGGGCCUGACGGAGGCUGGACUGCUGGGCGUGUGGCUGCGCCGUCUCAACCUGCAGGUACGGCAGGCCAUGGGGCGCAUGUUUGGUUUCACUCUCAGCAUCUUUGGCCACAUCUCCCUGGUUUCGGCGCUAGGCCUGGAGCCGAUUGCCGUUGAAGAUUACCGCCAUUUCGCCGCUGACUACUUCGCCAGCACCUUGGUCCUUAACUGCCUGCUGCACUGUCAUGGCGCCAUCACUGGGCUGCUCAGUGCAGCGCUGCGUUUUAGUCUCCUGGCACUGGGCGGCGCGGCGCUCUUUGACGGCGUCAUGACGGUGGGAACGCUGUUUGCCGUAUUGCAGUACUGCAGUUGGCUGCAGAAGGGGCUGAAGCAGGCGAGUGACAGUUGGGCUAGGCUGAUGGCCGGCCUGGGCAGUGUUGAGCGCCUGGUGGAACUGCACGACAGGGGAACCUUCGGUGCCGUGCCUGGCGGCAGCGGCGGUGGCGGCAGCGGCGGCGGCGGCGGCAGUGUCGGUGGGGCCAGCGGCGAGAAAGGGCCCCGCGACAGGCCAUGCGAGGAAGAGGUCCCGCGGCGCAGCCUCUUCCGAAACGUUGACGGCGGAGGCGGCAGCAGCGGCGCUUCACGCUGUCGUACACUUGCCAGCACCGCCAGCCCGCUCGCGGAACCCCUACUAUCCCGUACGGCACCACCAGACGCGCGAGAGCGAGGCGCUCUUUCCGACCUGGAGGCGAACCCGGUCGCCACCACGGAAGACUGGUCCACAGGAGCCACGGUGGGGUACGGCACGCGCUCGUACCAUGGCGGCAGCGCCGCGGUGGCAUCCGCUGGCACCGGCGCCGCUAGCGGAUGGGGCUUGGCAGCAGCAGGGCCAAGGAUGCCAUGGCCGCAACGGCCGCCACGUCCCGAUUUUGGCCAGCUACUUGGGGGAUUCAAGCUGAGCGGAGUGCAUCUGACGUCACGCCGCCACAAGGACCGGCUGCUGCUCCGUGACGUGCAUUUGGAGGUGGUGGCGGGGCAGGCGGUGGUGGUGACAGGCGACGAUGUCGAGGGCCUCCACGGGCUUUUGUCGAUGCUGAUGCUGCGCACUCCGCCGUACAAGGGCUGUCUGGCCUUUCAGCUGCCCUCCGCCGCCCUGCCCUCCGCCGCGGCGCUCUUGGGACCGUCCCCCCUGGACCGACUGCUGCGCCGCACACCCAUCGCCGCCACCACCGCAGCCACUACCGCCAGCAGCUGUAACGAGCCUGGUGGCGGGAUGGGUGGUGACGGCAACAACCGUACUGACAAGUUUUCGGCGCCGGUGUCGAUGCCAAUGCCAGCGGCGGCGGCGGCGGCGGCGGCAGCGGCUUCUGUACCGGCCUCCGCUGACUGGGAAUGGGCGGCGUUCAGUUUCCGUCAGGACUACCUGCGACCUCCUCGCUCCAGGGUGGCCCUCAUCAGCAGGUCGAUGUGCGGGGUCUUCCGGACCUCCCUGGAGGACAACGUGGCGGUGGCGGCGGCGUGGCGGGCCGUGAGUACUGCAGAUGUACGGCAGGCAUGCCAAGCCGCCGGACUGCACGAGGAAGCCAUGACGCUGAAGGAUGGCUACUUCACCACACUAGGUGAGGGCAGCGGCAAUGCGCUAUCACAGCUGGGCCUGCUCCGACUGGCUGUGGCCCGUGCACUGGUUCGCCGUGCCGCGCUGGUGCUUGUGGAGGACGUGGAUGCCUUCUCGCUGGCCCUGGGGGAGACGGAACUCGUGGCUCUGCUGCGGCAGCUUCGCGACUCUGGCUGUUGUGUGGUAAUGAUGUGCGGCAGUGGAUGCGGCCGCAGCGGCGAAGCGGGUGCACAGUCCUUAGGGCCGGACCAACUGUGGCCGCCGCAGCAACAGCAACAGCAGCAACAGCAACAGCAGCAACAGCAACAGCAGCAGCAACAGCAGCAGCAGCAGCAGCAACAGCAACAACAGCAACAACAGCAGCAACAGCAGCAAUGGCAGCAACAGCAACAGCAGCAACAGCAACAACAGCAGCAGCAGCAACAGCAACAGCAACAGCAACAACAGCAGCAGCGGGUCCCCAUCGGGCCCCCAUCCAAACAUGCGGGCCUUGAUUAG